UUCACUCACAAUAUACUUGCAAUAUAAUGGGAACUUGUGCUUCUUCACACAACUUGGGGUGGCAAAGUGGAAGAUUUCUUCUAAAGAAUACUCCGGCGGCGGUGGCCAUGGUGGUACACGAGAACGGGGAGCUGCUGGAGUGUCGCCGGCCAGUGAAGGCCGCCGACGUUUUGUCGGAGAACCCGAACUGCUUCCUCUCGAACUCGGAGUCGAUGAGCGUUGACUCAGAAAUACCUAAAGUUUCGAAAGACGAAGACUUGGAGAUCGGUCAACUCUACUUUCUCCUCCCCAUUUCUAAGUCGCACUCCCCACUGACUCUUCAAGAUAUGUGUAGGCUCGCCGUCAAAGCCAGCUCUGCUCUCAAUGGGUAUUUCACUCCGGUGGCCGGAGCUGUUGUCCGCCGUCGCCGCCACGGUUCUUGCAAUGACAGAGUUUCUAGGCGGCGGCAUGUGGGCACCUUAACUCAUUGGACCUUGGCUGCUGUAACAAAAUUUUAAUGUUCCAAACUUCCCAUCACCAAAUAUUUGUAAUAAUUUUUCUCAUUUCUUAUGAUGUUUUUUCUUCUAUUUGGGGAGUUCUUUUUUUAUAUAAAGAGCUUGGGUGCAUAUGGCUAACAAAUUAAUUGUUGUCAUACCAAAAGUGUACAAUAUGGAUGUAUAGCUGAAGUCCACUCAAGUUUCAUUUGUGUUCUCGUUUACAUGUUUUGAGCAAACAAUUGUAUGAAUUGAAUUUAAUUGUACCUAUCUUUUUAUAAAAAAUAUU